GCGAUCUAUAGAUCAUUUCUCUCGUGUUAUGUGUUUGUGAUAUAAUAGCGUUGACAAAGAACUAUUGAGAGCGUAUGAACGUACAACAAUGCGUUCUUUAUGUGUUAUAUACGUGAAUUUUUUAUUGUUUUUAUAACGUGAUAUAGUGAAGUUUCUGUGAUAUAACAUUCCAAACAUGCGUCGCAUGAAAAUCAAUAUAGAUCCGGAUUUAGGUGAUCUGGAGGAGAUGUUAGCGAAUGUACAGAGUCAACUUGAAAACGAAAUAGUUUUGGAGAAAGAGUCCAAAAUGCCCUCACUGACCAACGUUCAGGAGUCCCCGAAAAUGGUGAAGAGGAAUUCUUCAUUCAACCGCGGCGAGAAAAUGGAACAAAGGCGACCGCUGCCCAGACCACCUCUCGGUAGAACUUAUAGCGAGGUAAACUCCGGCAGUCACUCAUUGAAUGGUGAAUACAGGAAUGGUCAUUAUAGGAAUGGGGAAAGUGAGUACUGUGAACCUAAUGUGGAUUAUGGCACUUUACGAGGAUCGCAGAACAAUCUGAAGGCAGAUGAAAUGGGCUCACAAUCUUCGUUAAGAUCGUUCAGAUCAGAGCCUAUGCAAAGGCACUCUGUAUUGAGUUUACCAGAUAAUAGAGGGUCAUCUGCGUCCCUCAAUGGAAGGGGGAAGACUGCCACACUGCCAAGAGGAUAUGGAUCCAACAGGGAGAAGAAAUGGGAAGAAUAUUGGGCACACGAACAGUCAAUAAGCAGCGCGCGCGCCUCCGUGAUGGUGUACGACGACGGGCUGAAGCGGUGGGUCCCGUCGGGGUCCAGCUCGGGGCUCUCCAAGGUCCACAUAUACCAUCACACCCAGCACAACACCUUCCGGGUAGUCGGCAGGAAACUCAACGACCACGAGGUGGUUAUAAACUGCGGUAUAGUCCGCGGUCUCAAGUACAACCAGGCGACCGCCACGUUCCACCAGUGGAGGGACGCGCGCCACGUGUACGGACUCAACUUCUCAUGUCGCGAGGAUGCGGACAGCUUCGCGAGAGCCAUGAUGCACACGUUAGAGAUCUUAGCAAACAAACCUAGCAACAAUUCUGCGCCACCGCCUCCCCAGGCACCGAAUCCGCCGGGCCCGUACAACGGGCACAAUAACGUUCACAACUACGACGAGGAUAUGGGAUACAGAACGAUGACGCGGGAGGACGCCGCGAUGCUGCAACAGCCACAGUACCACGCGCCACACAAUCAGCAACCACAGUAUCAGCAUCACGCGCCCCCCAGCCAAUAUCACGCGCCGCAUCAUCACCACCAGGCGCCGCAGCCAACUCCGCCCGCGCCACCGCCGCACGGAGCCGGACACACGCUUCCGCACGCGCACGCGGGUCAUCAGCCGCAUCCGCCGCCCACCCACCACCGUACCAACAGCGCGCCGAUGCCGCCCAACAUGUCGCUGUCUGCGGCGGGGCCCCCGGGCGCCCCGGGAGCGCCGGGCCCCGCGGGCCCCGCGGGCCCCGCCGCCCCCGCGCCGCCGCCCGUGCCCCCGCACCAGAACCUGCCGCCCGCCGCGCCCACCAACGGUCCAAUGCCACCGGCGACACCGCCGGCCGCUCCUCAACCACCGCCAAUGAUGAUGGCAACUGCGACUCCGCCCGCGCCGCCCCCGCCGCCGCCCCCGUCGACGGGUGGUGCCGCGGCCACGUGCUCGCCGCCGCCGCCGCCCCCGCCGCCCGCGCCCCCCGCACCCGACCCCGCCGGGCUCGCCGCGCAGCUGCAGCAGGCCCGCCUCAAGCGGACCAACACCGCGCCCAGGCAAACGGUAGUGACAGGCGAAGCGGCGUCUCCACCCGGUGGGGCCGAGCACUCAGGUUCCUCUUCAUCAUCAGGCGGCAGCGCAGGAGGCGGAGGACGUGCAGGCACACUGCACUGCAUGAUGAACGAGAUGGCGCGGACCCUCGCCCGCCGUCGAGCUCACUUAGACCGGGCAGAGGAGUCGUCGGCGGACAGCUCCGCGCCGCACACCCCGCCGCGCGCCGAGCGGGCCGCCACCCUGCCGCACAGACUCCCCGCCUGCAACGGAGCCGCCGGUAACGAGCCCACACCACACACCACACACCACACACCACACACCACACACCACACACCGACCACACCCCGCCGCGCGCCGAGCGGGCCGCCACCCUGCCGCACAGACUCCCCGCCUGCAACGGAGCCGCCGGUAACGAGCCCACACCACACACCACACACCACACACCACACACCACACACCACACACCGACCACACCCCGCCGCGCGCCGAGCGGGCCGCCACCCUGCCGCACAGACUCCCCGCCUGCAACGGAGCCGCCGGUAACGAGCCCACACCACACACCACACACCACACACCACACACCACACACCACACACCGACCACACCCCGCCGCGCGCCGAGCGGGCCGCCACCCUGCCGCACAGACUCCCCGCCUGCAACGGAGCCGCCGGUAACGAGCCCACACCACAC